AGACAGACAAAGAGGAGGGAGAGAGAGACUUCAUCACUGACUACAGAUCUGAGGACAAACUCAUCUGAAGAACCUCUCACACCAAUGGAAAGAGGUGACUGUGAUCUCCUCAGACCAAUUGGCAGAACAGCCCAGUUCUGGAAUCACAAGCAGGAUGAUUGAUUCUGCACAUUCUAUGGGAAGGCGUGAGGGAAUUUCUCAUCUGACGAAAAGACGACUAGGACCCGCCCAGACCAUACCUUGACUGUGAACUGCCCGGGAGGAGACAUAUCAUAAGUGAACAAUAGAGGGACACAUCUACUAACUUUUCAAACAGGUUGUCCCUGCAAGGAACGGAGGAAGACAUUGUAGAGAAUUGAGUCCCCCUUAAUAGUGUUCUUAAGACUCGUUUCCGACGGGUGAAGGCGUCUUUGCCGAACCUAGCAGGUGGAGCCGAACACUGUUUGAACCCAGGUGACUUCAGAAGAAAGAGUUGGAUCGACCCCCGUCGAUAUCAAGUUCUUCAAGAAGUUCUUCAAGCGGUGAAGGUUGCUGAGAGAGAUACCUAGAUCCACGUGUCACACUGCAGACGAGUUCCUGAUCCAGGAGAAGAUGAGGCCUCACCAGUCCCGGCGGUGCCGUGCGGCCCUCUUCUGCAUUAGCACAGGAAUGCUAAUAGGAACAGUAGGCUGUCUUCUUGUAGGAAACCCGACAGAGGGUCAAAUGAGUCCUGAGCCAAAGGGGCAAACACAGGCCUGGAAUAGUGGCCCAGAAGUAGAUGGUCACCGUAGAAGGAGAGCCCUGCUUGGCCCUCACAACCAUGAGGACAAUUUGUUCUUAUCUAGAGCACAAAUGGUUGCCAACCUGACAUCCAAAGGAAAGGACUGUUGGGUGUGUGGGUUGAGUCCAGUGAAGGUAGGGGCAGGCUUCCCCCUUGUAGGAGUCCCGAUAGGGGUGAACUUUACUAUAGCAUUGGCAGGAAAAAUACCUUUUUACACUAUGACCAACAAUGUUAAGGUAUAUAAUCAACCCAAUAUAUUCUGUUAUGUGAGACCUGAUAAUGUUUCACUCCCACCCAUUUCAGUGGCUGGGGUGACGACUGCCCCUUGGUGUAUUAGAGGAUAUGGAGAUCACUAUUUGGGGGAAUUUAAAUGUAAUUGUACAAUGAAUAUUAAUGGAUCAAAUGUUUGCAAUUUAAAGGUGAUACAGGAGAAUGGUCAGGUUGCUAAGGAACCGUUUACAAUUUGGUCUGACAAACAUAGAACAACUCUGAGAGGAGCCCCUAAUGGCACCUACUGGUUGUGUGGUAAGAUGGCUUACCAUAGCCUUCCCCUGAACUGGGGAGGUACUUGUACUGUUGGGUUUGUGGUGACAGCAAUGAGAACCGUUCCAAACAAUGACCAGAAUCUGAAGGCUCUCUUUAGAGACUACAAACCUCCUGGGAUGAGGAGAGAUAAGAGGUCUCUGGCUGACGUCACUCACACUCAGGCACCUGCCUCCAGGUUCUUUGACGGGUUUUUCCCUGGGUAUGGAGUUGCAGGUGCCCAAGACCAAAUUCGUGAUAUCUCUAGACACGUAGAGAAAAUUGGCAAUGCUACUCGAAAUGCCCUGAAACAAUUGAAUGGGGAACUAAAAGAAUUGGCUGAAAUGACUCUUCAGAACAGAGAGGCUCUUGACUAUCUUUUGGCAGUUCAAGGGGGCACUUGUGCAAUCAUUGGCGAUGAAUGUUGUACUUUUGUCCCAGGUCGCUCUUCUAAUGUGACUGAUCUUGCCCAAUACAUUGCCACUGUUGCUAAAAAUAAUUCCCCACAACUAGAGCGGACGCAUGCAACUUGGUUGGAAUCCCUGUUGGGAAGUUGGGGAUCUCAUAUUGACCAAUGGGCUGCAGCGUGUGUUUUUUGCUUAGUCUGCAUAAUUGUAUUAUUAACAUGCCAUAAGGCUAUCUAACAGGUUGUAAGGCUAUCUAACAGGCCGUAAGGCUAUCUAACAGGCUAUAAGGCUGUCUAACAGGGCGUAAGGCUGUCUAACAGGCCGUAAGGCUAUCUAACAGGCCGUAAGGCUAUCUAACAGGCUGUACGGCUAUCUAACAGGCCGUACGGCUAUCUAACAGGCCGUACGGCUAUCUAACAGGCCGUAAGGCUAUCUAACAGGCCGUAAGGCUAUCUAACAGGCCGUAAGGCUAUCUAACAGGCCGUAAGUAAGGCUAUCUAACAGGCCGUAAGGCUAUCCAACAUGCUGUAAGGCUAUCUAACAGGCUGUAAGGCUAUCUAACAGGCUGUAAGGCUAUCUAACAGGCUGUAAGGCUAUCUAACAGGCUGUAAGGCUAUCUGACAGGCUGUAAGUCUAUUUAACAGGCUGUACGGCUAUCUAACAUGCUGUAAGGCUAUCCAACAGGCCGUACGGCUAUCUAACAGGCUGUAAGGCUAUCUAACAGGCUGUAAGGCUAUCUAACAGCCUGUAAGGCUAUCUAACAGGCUGUAAGGCUAUCUGACAGGCUGUAAGUCUAUCUAACAGGCUGUACGGCUAUCUAACAGGCUGUAAGGCUAUCUAACAGGCUGUAAGGCUAUCUAACAGGCUGUACGGCUAUCUAACAGGCUGUAAGGCUAUCUGACAGGCUGUAAGGCUAUUCUCCCUGUCUAAUACGGUCUCAGCAGCACUCGUGUUUAAUGCUCUUCAAGAGGAUGGUGCCGAUGCUGGUUGAGCUUCCCUUUCCCACUGUAGAUUGAGACGAUGAGUAAUAACUGAAGGUUGUUUUUGUUUGACAAGAUUAGAAGGUUUAAAGUUGAUCUAUAUUAACACCAUUGUGGUAAGGGCUAUGGAAACAAUGGGUAAACAUUUGAGCUACAAAUCCCUUGUGUGUGUAUUUUUUGAUAGAUUCACUCUCGUUGAUAAAAGUAUAACCUUGACUGUAGAUUUUAGGUUUAUUAUGAUGAUAGUAUUUCCGUAUAAUGAACUUGUGUAAUGAAGCAUGUGUGUAAGUGUAUGUAGCAUGUGUGUAAGUGUAUGUAGCAUGUGUGUAAGUGUAUGUAGCAUGUGUGUAAGUGUGAUGAAGCAUGUUUGUAAGUGUAUGAAGCAUGUGUGUAAGUGUGAUGAAGCAUGUGUGUAAGUGUGAUGAAGCGAAGCUCUUAAUUUAAACCGUUCUACUGCCAUGGCUUUACAAGUGUUACACUUAUGGAAUACGGAUAGGUUAUAAUUUCGAUUGUACAACCCAGAAUGAAGGGUUUGAAGGGAUAAAGUGGCGUUUUAUGAGUUGAUUUCAGUGUUUUUGAUAGGACCUCCUUUGAUAGUUUAAGCCUUUAAUCUAACGCUCACCUUAACAUUUUACAAUAGUUAUCACAGAGUGAUAAGAGAAGAUGUGGUGGGAAAUGUUGUUGUCUGAAGAGAUAGCCUUGCAUAUUGUACAUCUUGGUCUUGGUCUACUACACCUGUUGUAAUUCAGCAUUUCACUGUAAGGUCUACUACACCUGUUGUAUUCAGUAUUUCACUGUAAGGUCUACUA